AUGAGCACACGUAACUCGGCGCUGGCGGCUUACAGAAACGGUUUGCGCGCCACGAGAGUCGCCUUUAGCCAAGAUACUCGCGUUUUAUUGGCAGCAAGAUCUCAAAUGAGAAAUGGCAUGAUCAAUCCUUCAAACCCAGAACUGUCACCUCAGGAGCAGAUAAAUCACCUUAACGAAGUAGCACAGUUCUUGAGACGCAAUAUUGUGCAGGGAAAGAGGCUCGAGGGCGACAAAUAUGCCCUUAACAUUCACGACGAAACCGAGCUAGGCGACAACGAAUCGGUGAAAAAAGCGAAAGCAACGCUUGUUGCGAAAGGUGGUGGCUGCUGCGGUGGUGGUCAGAAGCUUUAUGAAUAG